CUGGACCGAGUCCUCUGGAAUCAAAGAAAGGGCCUGCCUAUUGAUAGAAUCUGUUUUGUCGUAGUCACUCUCAAUUGAUUCGAUUUUCAAAACAUCACCAUACAAUUAUCAUCAUCGACAAUGGCGUCUCUUAUCCGUACCUCUCCCGCUGUCCGUGGAGCUCUUCGCUCGCGCGCUUUCAAGCCUGCUGCAAUGGCCAGCACCAGCUUUGUCCGCGGCAAGGCCACACUCCCUGACCUGAAGUACGACUACAACGCCCUCGAGCCCUACAUCUCAGCCGAGAUCAUGGAACUCCACCACUCCAAGCACCACAACACGUACGUGCAGGGCUACAACAGCGCCGUGCAGGCCAUCGCCGAGGCCCCCACGCCCCAGGCGGCCGCCGCUGCCGCCCCUCUCCUCAACUUCCACGGCGGCGGCCACGUGAACCACUCCCUCUUCUGGGAGAACCUGGCCCCUGCCUCCCGCGAGGGCGGCGGCGAGCCCGACGGCAAGCUCAAGGCCGGCAUCGAGGCCACCUUCGGCUCGUUCGAGACCUUCACCAAGCAGAUGAACACGACGCUGGCCGGCAUCCAGGGCAGCGGCUGGGCGUGGCUCGCCAAGGACAAGACCACUGGUGCUUUGUCGAUCGUCACCAGGGCGAACCAGGACCCCGUCUCGGGCAACCUGGCCCCGCUUCUGGGCAUUGAUGCUUGGGAGCACGCCUACUACCUGCAGUACCAGAACCGCAAGGCUGAAUACUUCUCUGCCAUCUGGAACGUCAUCAACUGGAAGACGGUUGGUAACAGGUUUGACAAGUCUUGAUGGGUGUGAGAGGGGAAGUUGUGGUGAAGAUGGAGGAAGUAGCUUUUGGUCUUUGCGAUGAGGCCGUGUAGUAUGUUGCCGUUUUGUUACGAUAUGCAAGACAAUAAAUGCAAUUAACUCGUGGCCAUCAUGCUGCUUCUUCCUAUCUAUGACAUUCAAUGUGGUACAACAAUACAUAAAGGAUCACUGUAUUUCAGCUCUUUACAUCAUUACCAAGUAAAAUCAUUAAACCAUAAAUAGUAGCCAUAUUGCCCAGCC